ACUUCGUCGUCGUCAAUUAACAAUCCCUUUUAACUCUUUGUUCUUUCGCUCGCUGUCGAUAAUGUCGAGCCGGAGAUCUCGUUCCAAGAAAUCUGGAGAAUCAAUGAUCACAGAUACCCAAAUGACCGAUCUCAUUUCCAAGUUACAACGACUUAUUCCCAAUCACACCAACAGUUCCAAGGUUUCAGCUUCAAAGGUAUUGCAAGAGACAUGCAAUUACAUUCGGAGUUUACACAGAGAAGUUGAUGACUUGAGUGAAAAACUAUCAGAGCUUUUGGAAUCCACAGACGCCAACAGUGCUCAAGCAGCCAUUAUUAGGAGCUUAAUUGUGUAACUCUAAUUACAUUACUUAAUUAAUUAAUUAAGUAAUUAAUAAUUCUUUCACCCUUUUCAAUCAAAAAAAAUUAUGUAUUAGUAUUACUUAAUCUCAAUUAAAGUAUAUGCAUGCAUUUCUUCU